AUGACUGCGAACAUAUCGAGAAGCAGCGGAUUUUUACUGCAAAGAGUGUCAGCUCCAGCCGUCAGAAGAUGGAAUAUCAAUGCGAGGAGCUCCAUCGCCCAGUCAUUGAAGAGAAACAUUUCCACAGAAUCCAGUAGUGGUAAUGCAACUAUCACUGUUCUUGGAAAGGAGUAUCCUACUGACGAUUUCACAAACCUCCCUAACUCAAUUGCCAACCUAACAUCUCGUAAACUUCAUCUUCAGCCCUCUCACCCUAUAGGCAUUCUUCGGUCACUUAUAGAAUCUCGUCUGAAGGAUCUUGGAUUCACCUCAUAUAACGAUUUCAAGCCUGUAGUAUCCACAUACGAAAACUUCGAUGCUCUAGGAUUUCCCGAAGACCAUCCAGGCAGAAGCAAGACCGACACUUACUACAUCAACGAGAAGACUCUUCUUAGAACCCACACAUCAGCUCACGAAUCAGAAUGUUUUCAGACAUGUGAGACUCCUGGAUACCUGAUUUCUGCUGACGUUUAUCGUAGAGACACAAUUGACAGAACCCAUUACCCAGCCUUCCACCAAAUGGAAGGUGCUCGAGUAUGGUCGAGAACCGAACAUGGCGACAAUCUUGCCAAGGUUAUUCAAGAGGAUCUUGAAAGCAUUCCAGAUUCCGGCAUUAUAGUUUCAGAUCCCGAUCCACCAUUCCAUGAGGGUAAUCCCCGCCAACCAACAAUGUCAGAACUCGAGACGGAACUGAUUGGCAAGCAUUUGAAGAAAACAAUUGAACUGCUCAUGGGCCAUGUAUUCCACCAGGCUCGUGAAGCUGCUAUUAAAGCCGGAUCUACAGAUCCCGACCUCUUCUCGCCCAUUAAGGCCCGCUGGAUCGAAGCGUACUUCCCCUGGACCUCUCCAUCUUGGGAGAUUGAGAUCUGGUGGAAAGGUGAGUGGCUCGAGAUGUGUGGAUGUGGUGUUGUAAAGCAUGAGGUUCUUUCCGGUGCUGGUGUCGGUGAUAAAAUCGGCUGGGCUUUUGGUAUUGGUCUCGAGCGAACUGCCAUGAUUCUUUUCGGCGUUCCAGAUAUCCGUCUCUUCUGGUCUGAAGACGAGCGAUUCCUCUCUCAAUUCAAACCCAACACAGUCUCCACCUUUAAACCUUACUCCAAAUACCCUGGAACAUUUAGAGAUGUCGCAUUCUGGUGCGACAUGGCCAAAGAAGUCCACAUCAACGAUCUCAUGGAAGUAGUCAGAUCAAUUGGCGGCGAUCUCGUUGAAAACGUCAGUCUCAUUGACGAGUUCGUACACCCAAAGACCAAACAGAAGAGCCAGUGCUACCGUAUCAACUACCAGUCGAUGGACCGCUCACUGACCAAUGCCGAAAUCAACGAUCUCCAGGACGCUGUCGUAUCCUCGCUCUCCACCCAGUUCCCGAUCAAGAUCCGUGACUAA